ACACAUCCAUGUAACUACGUCGUUUCAUACACGUGUGUGCAAUUCGGGGCAUGGACUUCUCUGACAGGGUGCAAUUUUUAAAAUAUUUGAGUAAAAACAGGUGUGUUCAAAAAAGUAUAGAACAAGAGGUCGUUUUCCUAUUAAUAACUCCAGGAAGAGGUCCUGACUUUAAAAGGGUGGGGCUUUUGUCCCACAUAGCUUCUUUUUAUCUCAACACUGAAAGCCGCCCAUCACUCAACUCAAUUAGCUACUUAAAGCGGCAUUUAAUAAUGAAUUGUUACUGGUAUAUUAAAAAACACACAAUGGGACUGUUCUAUUUAUCAAUAUAAAAUGUCAAGCCCCAAGAAAGAUCUUCCACUGCUUCCCCCAGCUAUUAAGGGUGAAUUAGCUCAGUUUGAUUCAACAAAAUUAAAACAGGCAGAAACGAAGGAAAUACAACUUCUACCAUCAAACGAAGAUGUUGAGAAAGAGAACAUCUACAACUCAUUGCUACAAAAUGUUGAGGGAUUUCAACAUUCCACUCUUUACCACAUACAGCCUCAAAAGCGAGUCCAUCUUCCCAGUGCUGAAGUGUUUUCCCUUAAUAAUCUAGAUUUACAACGAGAGAGAAGACACUAUAACCUGAUGACUGGUGUGGAAAAGUUUAAUAAAUCAAGUCUUCAUCAUGUCAAGACAACAGAGAAAUGUGUUUUACCAAAUUCAGAAGAUAUUGAACGAGAAAAGGAUCAGCAGAAGCUGCUAGAAGAAAUCAAAAGCUUUGACACUUCUAAUAUGAAGCACAGUGAAAUGACAGUGAAAAAUCCUUUACCUACUAAGGAUGUGAUGGACCAAUAUAAAAGGAGCAACUAGGCUUGCUGAUUCCUAAGGAAUGGAUUAGUAACUUACAAAUUCACCAUGGGGAAAAAUCAAAUUUGUAAAAAUCCCUCAUAUAUUUCAUGAAGAAAAUAAAAAUGAGUUUCAUAUGUGCUGCCAAAUUUUUUAAUAGAAGAAAUGAUCAUAUAAAAUCAAAAUAAUUAAACUGUUGUACCAAAUAUUCAAUAAUUUUUUACCCAUAUUGAUACAAUCUGUGAAGAUAACGAAAAAUAUCAGUAUGAAAAUAAAGUUCAAUUGAUACUAAUAUUUUAACCCUCAUCCUCACAAGGGUAAAUACAACUCAAUCUGAACAGGGGGGGGGGGGUCUUUUUAAACCCCUAUGUGAACAGUGAACAUUUUAAUGUCUUACUGUGUAUAAAACAUCAAGAGAAAUUCAAUAUCAGCUUAAGAAAUGUCUUCAUGACUAAUUCAGAUAUAAAAUUACUAUUUAAAAUAAAUAAAACUAAAAAAUUUUCUUUUUCAAACUAGCAAUACACCAUAUUCUUAUAUCAUUGUCCUUUAUGAUUUUUUUUUGCUUAACUUUGCACCAAGAUUACUUUUGCUUACAGUGUUUAUGCACAGAUGGGGGGAAAACAAUAGCUUUGUUCCUUUUGGGAACACAAGAGACCAGAGUUAGAUUAUUAUCAAAUCCAAACACUGAUGACUUAAUUAGUCUCUGUGUUGAUGGUUGAAAAUUCUUAGGAAUCUCUCGUUUGGUUUUCCUGAUGAUGCCAACAAUGAUCAGAUUAUGCUGGAGCAUUUCCUUUGCAUGGGGUACACUCAUAAAAAAUUGUCCAUGGUAACAUUUCAUCCAGAACCAUGAUAAGACUGUGUAAGUUGUGUUAUCACCUUUUCACCAACAUUCUUUGUUGCACGCUGACCUUGUUGUUUGCCAAGAUAAUUCGCUAAGCUGCAAACAUAAGCAUUGUCUGAAUUGCAGCAAAGCCACCACUUGAUUCCAUACUUUCCAGGUUUUGAUGGCAUGUACUACCUGAAAGGACAACAACCACAAAAUAACACUAAUUGUUAAACUGUUAGGUUUGCUCCAGGCUUGUAUGGCCUCUGUAAAGGUGCCCUGAAAAUGAGUAAGCAUAUCUCUAAAUGAUGCCAAUUUGUUGGUAUUACUGCGAUCAGACCUGAUUUGAAAAUCAUCAAAGUUUAGAAACCAAGAUAUUUUGAAAGAACCCCAGUUCCAUGAUGAUAUAAGUAGGGUGUCUAAAAAGACCCCUCUUUUUUUUUUUGUGGAUGAGAGUUAACAGUCUUAACAAGUGUUUGUUGUAGUAAUUGAUUAUAAGAAUGCAUUUGUUCAUAUUUGGGGUUUAUGAUAAUACACGAGUUUAUUUCUAUUUUUUCUCCCUUAUUAAUCCAAUGUCAAUAUUUCUGUUCUCUUAAUUGUUUUUACUAAUGUUUAAAUACAAAUGUGAUACAGGGGCAAUAAUGCAGUUUGUUACUGAUGUUGGGUAUUUGUUAUAAUAUAUAAAUGUGCUUGCACUUUUCUACUUUUAAAACAGUCCUUAAUACAUCAGAUAUUAACAAAUUUUAAACAAGUUAAUUAUUUUCAGUAAUGUGCAUGAAUCUUAGAGGUAUUUUCCAUUUCUGAAAAUGAGAUAUAUGAAUAUAGUUGUAUCAGAAAAAUUUUUGGAGAAAACCUCUUGAGUUGAUGUAUAACAAUUCCAAAAUAUUUAGGGACCAACAAUUUAUAUUGAAUUUAGAAACAUUUGAUAUAUUCGUUUAUAUACAUAUCCUGAAAUGUUUGUUUUGUUAUUUCAUUAACUCUUUAUUUGAAUAAAAUUAACAUCCUUA